CUUGCACAAACAGUGUAGUAGCUAUCGCUACUACUAGUGUCACAUAGUUAUGAUUAUAAAAAGUGUCAAUCUUGCGGAUGUUGUUUUUGUUGUUCGGACUCAGAUCAGAUCAGCUAUGUUUCUUUUCAACGUUUGAUAUCAAAACCUUUAUUGUUAUUCAUACCCUGGACAGCAACAGAAGCUGUUGACUGUCUUUCUUUGUGUUGUACCAGUGGAUAUACUAUGUUUGAUCAACAUUCAUCAACAUCUUUCGCGAUUAACUACAUGUUUCUCAAGUUGAAGAACCAUAAUCCGUCGAUUAAGAAAUAAUCAUCAUAAACAAUCAUCGAAAAUAGCAAUUAGACGUUUGAGAUAAUCAUCUUAUUUGCAAACUUGCGUGAUUCACCUCACGUGAGCACUUUGAAUAACUUAACCUCUACAUGCAACAGCUUUAAGAGGCUUAUGCAGGAUUUGUUUUGACUCAUUUCGUUAACCUUUGAUCGAUGUUUCCCGAUAUCGAUUGAUCGGUACAUUGAUGCUGUCGUCUGCUCGUACUCCCGUUUUGUUGGCGCGUAAAAGAGAGUGUACAGAAGAAUGUUUACGACAUUGAAGUACAUGAUUAUCCUGAUGGUGGUGCUACUCGAAUCGCAGGACAUCACGGCUUUGCCUCGUCUCCUUGCGGGAAAUAACCUAGAAGAUGAUAGUGACGAAGAGAACUCCAGACCAGUGAUACCAUGGAACUACAGAGCAGACAAAGGUCCUCACAAAUGGGGGCAGAUGUUCCCCUACCAGUGUGCCGGGUCGAUGCAGUCCCCCAUCGCUAUACAGACCAUCAACACGAAGAGGAAAGAGUGGGCCCCCCUGGAGCUGAAUGGGUACGGCGAUACCGACGGGAAAAGGAUGACUCUUACGAACCUCGGAACUACAGGUGGGUUAAUGUUGGCAGUGAUGCGAUCCAUGAAGCUGAUGAAGGGACGGCACAUCAAACUCUUAUUUAUUUAG